AUGGGCCAGCCAGGUAACCCUAGUAGUCGAGCUGCCCCCGAGGCCGAUGGACACCCUCGACCACCAGUGCCAUCUCCGCCGCCGCCCCUGACCAUCUCCGCCGACGCCCUCGACCACCUGUGCCGUAGCCGGACGCUGGACGCCCCCGACCAGUCGACCACCUGUGCCGCCGUCGCCGUCGGACGCCCCCGAGUAUCUCUGUUGUCGCCGGCGUUUCGCCUCGAGUAUGUCAUCCCGGACGCCGUCGACCACGCCAUCCCGGUCGCCGUCCUCUCCAACUUGUCGGAGUUUCUUCCAGUUUUAUGGGUGUUGAUCCUUGUAAUGAUCCUAUAUUUCUCUAUGAUCAGAAACAUGGAAGAGCAAGAAGGGGACCAGGAGGCAUACCGAAGUGGCAGUUCAUCGUUGAUAUCCGGUGCGACAAUGAGAAGGGCUCAACCACCUCCAGGGUUGUCUCCUUCUUCGAUAAACAUUUGCAAAGCUUAUCAUGGACGUUCACAUGACACUCCUAUGGUUGAUUUUGAGGAAGAUGAGGCCGAUGAAGAAGAUAUUGACUAUGAAGAAGAAGAGGAAGGAGAAGAAGAUGAGGAUGAUGAAGAAGAUGAUGAAGAAGAUGAAGAGGGAGGAGUUGAUAUCAUUGACAUGGGAUCAUUUUAUGAACCAGGAAGAAAGUUUUUGUCUAAAGUGUGGAAAGAAUAUGAGCCUAUUCGUGUUGAUGGCAUAGUUGUAGCUGCUGAGUGCAAACAUUGUGCAAGGAAUAUUUGUGCUGAGCGUAAACAUGGAACAAGUUCAUUGCGCAAACAUUUGAAGAGAUGCAAGGAAAGGAAGAAGGUUCUUAGAGUUUUUGGGCAGCUGAGUGCUUCUAUAGUGAGUCCGGAUGGAGUUGCAAUGGGGCUUUGGACCUUUAAUCAGGCAUUAGCACGUCGAGAGCUCAAGAGGAUGAUCGUGUUGCAUGAGUUGGCAUUCUCAUUGGUGGAGUAUGAUGGAUUCAGAAGAUUGGUGGAGUAUGAUGGAGUUGAAAUGGACUGA